AUGUCAACGACCGAAAAUGAUGAUCGCUGUGUGGGUAUCUGUCAAUUACAGGUCUCUGUCAUUGGCCAGUUCAUUGUGGUUGAAGGGAAACAUCCCGAAAAAGCUGAUGAGUUCGGUUUCAUAGAAAGGCACUUUAUCAGGUAUAAGAAAAUAUUUUCGAAUUCGCUAAAGUUCAACUUACCACGAAAUGUUCAACCGGAAGGCGUCUCAAGCAAUUUAACCAGUGAUGGAACGCUCACUAUUCAAGCGUUUCCACUAAAGCCAAAGGAUGGCUCACCAGCACGUGCAAUUCCAAUUAAAAUCGUGAGCGGUUCGUCUACGAACAAUCCGAACUCAGAUGCAAAAACAGAAGAGAGUAAAUGA